CGGGGUGUGAACAGGAAAUAAUAGCAUUCAAAAACCGAAUAGUGAAAACAUUCCUUUAGAUUUUACUUUUGGAACUUCAACUAAACAUUAGACGUACCGGUAUAUUGGGAAGAACGAAUAUCAUAUACUAUGCUGGUUGUUAUUUGCGUUUGGUAUUAGACUUUCUUUAUUAGUAGAGAUCGACACCAACUCCAACAGUGAUCAUGAAUAACUCUGUGCAGGAUCCGUGCACCAUGCAGAUGUACCACGGGGUGCCUAUGGUCGCACUUAACAUCAUCUCUUGUAUAUUUGGAAGCAUCGGCAACGUGUUGGUCUGUGCUACGAUUUACACCACCACAGGUCUUCAAACCAUUUCUAACUUCUUCCUCGUGAGUAUGUCUAUCGCAGACCUGACUGUGACGCUGGUGACACAGCCUCUGUUUGCAUGGUUCCUGGGUGCGCGGAUUGACGAUAAAUGUUCCCCGAUGGUGGAGUUCCUGUUCCGGUUAUUCUCAAAUGUAUCUUGCGCGGUGUCGGUCAUUCACUUAUGCCUCAUUAGCGUGGAUCGCUGCCUCAUGGUGACUAAACCCCACAGCUUCGAUAGGAUCAUGACCAAGUGCAAGUUUCGCUCGCUGCUUGUGUUCGCCUGGACGCUGCCCAUCGUGUACGCGGUGCUCAGGUUGACGGUCAGCAAGUCUGCCACCUCCCUCUUCACCGUGGCGGUGAUGGCGCUGUGUUACGUCAUCAUCAUUGUUUGCUACACACUCAUCAUCUGUCAAGUCUACAAACAACGAAGACUCAUGCGCUCCCGCCAAGGCAGCGCAAAGCGCCGCAAGUCACGCACCGACGUCGAGCGCCGAGUUGCCAUGACAAUUGCUAUUGUUAUCGUCGUCUUCACGAUUUGCUGGUUCCCCAUUAUCUACUUGAGGUCAAAGAAGGCUGAUCGUAAUUCAGGGGUGGCUUAUAACUGGGCGCGGACGUUUGCGCUUUGCAACAGCGCGAUGAAUCCCUGGAUCUACUGCUUUAGAAUCCCAGAAUUCCGCGCGGGGUACAAGCGACUGUGUAUCAAGUGCAGCUGGGGCACUGUGGCGGGGAGGGGUGGGGCGGACUUUGACGUCACUCAUACUAGCGACUCGGAAGCGACACAGUACGCUAAUAUUCCUAAAUACAGCAAAGUCAGCCUGGCAAACUGUAAGCCACGAGAAAACGCCGACGAGAUGCCAAAAGAGGCGCGAAUUUGAGAUAUGCAUUUCAAGGAUUCUUGGCGCCUUCUACUCACGUUAUCACAAGAGGGAACUUAUUUGGUUUAGUCGUGCGCACACAAACGAUUCCAAACUUGUAUCAUCAAUUCAGCUUUUGGUAGGAGGAAGCUGCUUGAAAUGGACUACAAAAACAUCCAGUAUAAAGAUUGAUGGAGAAUGGGUAUCAUCAGGAACAUUAUAUAAUCAGUAUUAUACUAUUAUUCGUUCCUAUACAAGCUGACCCGGAAACGGGGUCUGCUGCAUAGAAAUUAUAGAGCUUAUUUUCUGUUUUAAAAUUAAAUUAAACUUUUGUUAGCUUGAAUAUUAAAAGUAAAGAUAAA